CGCAGGGCAGGCGGCGGGACCGGCCGGGGCCGGCGCGGGGCGGCGGGGCCGGGUCAGGGGAGGAGCCGGGCGGGAGGAGCCCGAGCCGCCUUCCCCUUCGUGCCGCCGCCGCCUUCGCGUCCAGCGGGAUUGUCCAAAACCCUCUGGGUUCUUCUCUGUUGAAUCUGUUGCCAUGGAGACCUCCUGAGAUGCUGCAUCUACCAGUGGCUUCCAACUUACCUUCCAGAUAGAGGACAAUUUGCAUAUUUCCCAGAAGAACCAUCCCGAAGCUGACAGCUGUUUUGAGACCUUGAGGGGAGGCCCACAGUUGUUGCUUGAAAUCUGGGACUGGAAAUGGCCGCAUGGGACAGACCCAGCCCCAGGCUGCAUCAGGAGGCUGAGCCAGCUGCGGAGGGGGACCCACAUCUGCCCACGGGCCGGGAGUUGUCCGAGGCCAACCGCUUUGCCUAUGCCGCCCUCUGUGGCAUAUCCCUGUCCCAGCUAUUUCCAGAACCUGAGCACAGCUCCUUCUGCGUAGAGUUUGUGACGGGCCUGGCCAAGUGGCUGGAGUUGUCCGAAGCCGUCCUGCCGACCAUGACUGCUUUUGCCAGCGGCCUGGGAGGCGAAGGAGCCGACAUGUUUGCUCAGAUUUUAACGAAGGACCCCAUCUUGAAGGACGACCCGUUGGUGAUCACCCAGGACCUGCUGAGCUUCUCACUCAAGGAUGGGCGAUACGAUGCUCGGGCCCGGGUCCUCAUCUGCCACGUGACCUCCCUCCUCCGCCUGCCCUUGGGGGAGCUGGAUCUCCUGGAAGAGACGUUCCUUGAGAGCCUGAAGGAAACCAAAGAGGAGGAAUCUGAAAUGGCCGAGGCGUCCAGGAAGAAGAAAGAAAACCGGAGGAAAUGGAAGCGCUAUCUCCUGAUAGGCCUGGCGACCGUCGGAGGCGGGACAGUGAUCGGAGUGACCGGGGGUCUAGCUGCCCCUCUUAUUGCCGCCGGGGCCGCCACCAUCAUUGGCAGUGCUGGGGCAGCGGCUCUGGGCUCGGUGGCCGGCAUAGCUGUCAUGACGUCGCUGUUCGGUGCAGCUGGAGCUAGUCUGACAGGAUACAAGAUGAAGAAGCGUGUCGGGGCCAUUGAGGAGUUCACAUUUCUGCCUCUGACGGAAGGCAGGCAGCUGCACAUCACCAUUGCCAUCACGGGGUGGCUGGCAUCCGGCAAAUACCGCACCUUCAGCGCUCCGUGGGCUGCCCUGGCACGCAGCUGCGAGCAGUACUGCCUAGCCUGGGAGGCCAAGUACCUGAUGGAGCUCGGCAACGCCCUGGAGACCAUCCUCAGCGGUCUUGCAAACAUAGUGGCCCAGGAGGCCCUGAAGUACACAGUGUUGUCUGGCAUUACGGCUGCCCUGACCUGGCCGGCCUCACUCCUCUCCGUCGCCAACAUCAUCGACAACCCCUGGGGGGUCUGUCUCCACCGGUCAGCAGAGGUUGGCAAGCACCUGGCCCACGUCCUGCUCUCCCGGCAGCAGGGCCGGCGGCCUGUCACUUUGAUUGGCUUCAGCCUGGGAGCCAGAGUCAUCUACUUCUGCCUGCACGAGAUGGCUCAGGAGAAAGAUUGCCAGGGGAUCGUGGAGGACGUGGUCCUGCUGGGCGCGCCCGUGGAAGGAGAAGCCAAGCACUGGGAGCCUUUCCGGAAGGUGGUGUCCGGCAGGAUCAUCAACGGCUACUGCAGGGGGGACUGGCUGCUGAGCUUCGUGUACCGCACGUCCUCGGCGCAGCUCCAGGUGGCCGGCCUGCAGCCCGUGCUGCUGCAGGACAGGAGGGUGGAGAACGUGGACCUGUCCUCCGUGGUCAGCGGCCACUUGGACUAUGGCAAGCAGAUGGACGUCAUCCUGAAGACUGUGGGCAUCCCCACCAAGCCAGGCUGGGACGAAAAGGGGCUUUUGAUGGCCCCAGGCAACCUGCCCCAAGAGGAGCCUCGCCAGGCAGCAGCCGCCGCCUCAUCGGACAAGACCAGCGACCAGGAUGGGCAAACCCAGGGUUCCGCACCCAGAGAUGCCUCCCAGGUGUCCACAUCCGCUGACCCCAGCCAAGCCCAGGUGCCAAUGGGGCUGGACCAACCUGAAGGGGCCUCCCCUCCUGCUGCUGCCUGCCCUGCGGAGACCCCCCAGACCUGCAGCCAUGGCGUGAGCCCCAACCCACUGGGCUGCCCCAGCUGUGCCAGCGAGAUCCAGGGACCCUGCCCAGGGCUGGAUUGACCCCCAAAGGGGACUCGAGCCGUCUUCCCAGAUUUCCAUAUGUGGUGCUCUUACCCCCGUCCACCAGGCUCCCCGCAGGAGCUCGGAAGACUUUCCACCUGGGCCUUUCCUAAAUGAAGGCUUUGGGGUUGAAAAGCAAGGAACUGGCAGGAGGGGGAAUUGUAGGGAGACAAUGGCUCCUCUCCGGGGAGGCAAGGCCAGAGCCCUGCAGAGUCAACCAAGCACAGCUGAGAGCCCUCGGACUCCUGUACUCUAGGUCACAGCCGUGGGGCUGGCUCUCCAUCAGGAGGUCCGGGGGGCUCUUUGGGGCCUGAGGUUCCUACCUGCCACUCCCCCCCCCACCUCCGUCUGCCUGCCCUCCUUCCACUCCAGGGCUGCCCACCAGCCCACAGGCACCUCUGACACACCUACCGAGCGGGCACCAGAAGGAGCAGGCAGCUCACUCUCUCUGCUCUUGGGAGAUCCGAUCAGACGUGGGCUGUGCACUGCACAACAACAGGGGCGCCAGUCGCACCGACGCGAUGUGAAAGGCACCCCCCAAAGCUGUACUGCAUGGCGGCCCUGGAUGUAACUGUAACAGAGCACGGCGAGCAAAUGCUGAAUGCGCAUGCGGUACGGGUGGGAGCUGGGCCUGGUAGCAAGAGUGGGUUAUACAGGGGAAGGAUUGCCUGUAGCAGGAGCAGAGGUGAUGGUGAUGGUAAAAAAUAAAGAAGGGCUACCACCCAGCGAGUA